AUGCAAUUCCUCCCAAGGCUCGAAAAGAGUUGCGCUGAAGCAUCAUGGCCUAGGCUCGAGGAGAACUCGCAUCUCCUCAAACCCCCGAUCAAUAACUAUUGCGUCUACAACAAAGAUGUGACUGUUAUGAUAGUAGGCGGACCUAACGCCCGCACAGACUACCACAUCAACGAAACGGCCGAAUGGUUCUUCCAAUACAAAGGCGCCAUGAUACUAAAAGUCGUCGAUGAAGGGCAAUUCCGCGAUAUCGUAAUCGGCGAAGGCGAGAUGUUUCUUCUUCCUCCCAAUACGCCGCAUAACCCCGUACGUUUCGCGGAUACCGUUGGGAUUGUGCUAGAGCAGCCGCGGCCAGAAGGGUCGCUGGAUAGACUGAGGUGGUAUUGUACCAACUGCAAGAACGUGGUGGACGAGGCCGCGUUUCAUUGCACAGAUUUGGGAACACAGAUUAAGGAGGCAGUUAAUAAGUUCAAGGAUAGCGAGGAGAGGAGGGCGUGUAAACACUGUGGGGUGAUGGCGGAGUCUGCGCCGAAGCCGGGAGAAAUACAAGACCCGAAUUUGAAAUAG